GGCCGCCCGGUCUCCAGCGAUCGCGCGGAUGGCGGCGCUGGCGGCUCUGGCCAAGAAGGUGUGGAGCGCGCGGCGCCUCCUGGUGCUGCUGCUGGUGCCGCUGGCUCUGCUGCCCAUUCUCUUCGCCCUGCCGCCCAAGGAAGGCCGAUGCCUCUAUGUCAUCCUGCUCAUGGCGGUGUACUGGUGCUCAGAGGCCCUGCCCCUGUCAGUGACGGCUCUUCUGCCCAUCAUCCUCUUCCCCUUCAUGGGCAUUCUGCCCUCCAGCAAGGUCUGCCCCCAGUACUUUCUCGACACCAACUUCCUCUUCCUCAGCGGCCUGAUCAUGGCCAGCGCCAUAGAGGAAUGGAACUUGCACCGGAGAAUCGCCCUCAAGGUCCUCAUGCUGGUUGGGGUCCAGCCUGCAAGGCUCAUCCUGGGGAUGAUGGUGACCACGUCAUUCCUGUCUAUGUGGCUGAGCAACACGGCCUCCACCGCAAUGAUGCUACCCAUCGCCAGUGCCAUCCUCAAAAGCCUCUUUGGCCAGCGUGAAGCUCGGAAGGACCUUCCCCGGGAAGGUGACGAGAGCACAGCUGCUGUGCGAGGAAAUGGACUGCGAACAGUGCCCACGGAGAUGCAGUUUCUUGCCAGUUCGGAAGGAAGUCACACUGAGGAUGCAGAGGCCCCCAUGGAGCUGCCUGAUGACUCCAAGGAGGAGGAACACCGCAGAAACAUCUGGAAGGGCUUCCUCAUUUCCAUUCCUUACUCCGCCAGCAUCGGGGGCACUGCCACCCUCACGGGCACCGCCCCCAACCUCAUCCUGCUCGGCCAGCUCAAGAGUUUCUUCCCACAGUGUGAUGUGGUGAAUUUUGGCUCCUGGUUCAUCUUCGCCUUCCCUCUCAUGCUGUUGUUCCUACUGGUGGGCUGGCUCUGGAUCUCCUUCCUCUAUGGUGGAAUGAGCUGGAGAAGUUGGAGGAAGAAGAAAUCCAAGAUACGAGCUGACGCAGAGGACCAGGCUAAAGCGGUGAUCCAGGAGGAGUUCCAGAACCUGGGGCCCAUCAAGUUUGCUGAACAGGCCGUCUUCAUCUUGUUCUGCACAUUUGCCAUCCUCCUCUUCUCCCGGGACCCCAAGUUCAUCCCUGGCUGGGCCAGCCUCUUCGCCCCUGGGUUUGUCUCGGAUGCUGUCACCGGUGUGGCCAUUGUCACCAUCCUGUUCUUCUUCCCUUCCCAGAAGCCCUCACUCAAGUGGUGGUUUGACUUCAAAGCUCCCAACUCAGAGACAGAGCCCCUGCUGAGCUGGAAGAAGGCCCAGGAGACAGUGCCCUGGAACAUUAUCCUUCUUCUAGGAGGUGGCUUUGCCAUGGCCAAGGGCUGUGAGGAGUCUGGGCUAUCAGCAUGGAUCGGUGGACAGCUGCACCCCCUGGAGCAUGUACCCCCACUGCUGGCAGUGCUGCUCAUCACCGUGGUCAUCGCCUUCUUCACGGAGUUUGCCAGCAACACGGCCACCAUCAUCAUCUUCCUGCCUGUCCUGGCAGAGCUGGCCAUCCGACUGCGUGUGCACCCCUUGUACCUGAUGAUCCCAGGCACAGUCGGCUGCUCCUACGCCUUCAUGCUGCCAGUCUCAACACCCCCAAACUCCAUUGCCUUCUCUACUGGACACUUGCUGGUCAAAGACAUGGUGCGGACGGGCCUCCUGAUGAACCUGAUGGGUGUCCUGCUGCUCAGCCUGGCCAUGAACACCUGGGCACAGACCAUCUUCCAGCUGGGCACCUUCCCAGACUGGGCCAACACCCAUGCUGCUAACGCCACCGCACUGCCACCAGCCUUGACCAACAACACAGUUCAAACCCUCUGAGCCCUGCUGGGGACUUCUUUUUAGACUGGGCCUUCUUCCCCAGAGGGCUGUUGCUGUCACUUGCUGCUAGGAGCCUCCAAGCUGAUCAAGCAAUUCUUUCCUGUAAUCUGAUAGGAGGCAGCAAGCAAGGACUUCCUCCAGUGGUUCCCUGGAGCCACGGGCUCACUGUCUGCAGCACCUUCUCUUUCUUUCUCAUGCAAUUCAAAGCCAGCUAUCUCCUGCACUCGCUGCCUGUGGCCUGCGGAACAAGCUUUUUUCACCAAGCUGGCCUCUGGCCAGGGUGCAGGAAAGUCCACGUCAGCCACCAGGAGCAAAGCUGAAAUGGCAUUUGUUUUGCACACCUGGGGCCAGGGGUAUCGAUACUCACGGCUGCCAUUGGCUUUAGGUCUCUGGAGACAUCGCCACUCCAGAGACAGGAGAGGCUUUGAGACUCCAAAGCUCCUGGCCAGAUGUUACAGCUGUUCGCAGCAGGCUAGAUUCUGCCCUCUCUUUUUAACCAUCUCCCUUGUAGAUGAGCCGGGCCACUAGAGAUUAGCUUCCAUUGCCUGAGGCAGAGGUGGGACACAGGUCUUCCUGGAGUCUCUCUGCUGCUUUCCCCAGCCUCCCAAGCAACACACCAUGGGGGAGAGGGGGUGUCAAGAAACCCCAGCUCACACAUCUACCCAAGAUGCUUGGGGUUCUCUCUCUCUCUCUCUCUCUCUCUCUCUCUCUCUCUCUCUCUCUCUCUUUCAUCUGAUUCUCUUAGGCCCUAGCUCUAGGUCAGCCCUGCUGGGCCCUUGAGAGGGGCUCUGUGGCUGCAGAGCUGUUUUUACCCUGACAACUGGGUUUGUCCUCCCUACUCCCACCCCAAGUGAUCAAUACGUCUUAUUUGCAAAAGCCAUGGUCUUCAGGGGUGAGAGAAAAAACUAAAGGUCAGCGGAGACCUCAGAGAAAACCGGGGCAGUGUCUUAGGCCAGAAGUAUGCUGUAACAUUGUAACAUUGUGACAAAGUAACAUUGUGCAGAUGGAGACACCCCACCUCUCUCCACCCCACCCCGCCCAGGACAGCCUUCCACUAGAGGCUGAAGCCAGGAAGCAGACAGUUGCUGUCCUUAUUCCUGUUAAAAGCCUCUGGCACUGUGAACAACGCAGUGUGGGGACAGUGGGCGACUCAGAACUCUGCUGGCACCUGGGGGUGGAGCCAUCACUUCCUCCAGAGGGUGGACAUCCCGGGGAUAGCACAAGUGAGUCAGAGUGUUUUCCCAGAGCUGGGGUGGAGGGGGCCCUGAGCGGGAGGUGACUGAAUCAGCUUCAGCAUGUCCUGGGGCUGGAUGGCGGUAUCCCUCAGGGGACAAGGACGGACAUGCACAAAGAGAACCACAGCCUUGGGACCAUAGGAUUCAUGAUUUCUGAUACUGCUGAUCAAAAAUGCGCUCAAAUAAAGAAUGUUGGUCAAUACUGGA